UCGUACAUAUAAAAUUAUCCCUACUACAAAGAAUGAUUCAUACAAAUUUGACAUCGAUUAAUGAUUUGUGACGUCACAGUCCUCUAGUAAUUCUGAUAUGCUAAAAAAGACUCCGAAACCAGUAUUUUGGAAAUUCAUCAAAGGAAGCGCAAAAACUUUGUUUGUAAUUGAGGCAGUUUGCUUCGCAGUUUCAUACGGAAUAUAUUAUCGUAUGAACACAAAUCGUGAUUUUCGAUUAUACAUUAACAAUAAUUUUCCAGUCCUUUUGGAUGGUUAUUACAAAUUAGGAGAAUUUUUUGGAGAAAGUAAACAACGCCAAAUCGAUUUAGAUUUCUGGGAAAAUAUCAAAGAAUCCACAAAAAACGUUUCAAUAUUUAAAUAACUUGUCUCAUAUUAUCAAAAGUUAAAAAUAUUUGUGUAGUUGCAAUAGUUUAGCGUAUAUUGGAGUGGUACUUAUCAAAAAAAAAAGAUAAAUGGCAUCAAAUAUUUAUACAAAAUCUUUUAUCUGGUUAACUGUCUCAGGAGGUGUUGCUUAUGUAUUAAUGUUGUUGACUAAUCCAUCCGAAGAAAAAAUAAAGGCAAUUAAACAAAGAAGCGCAGUAACUUUA